CGGGAGGUUGUGUUGUGCAGGAGGGAGGGAGUGAGGAGAACCAGGGAGGGAGUGAGGAGAACCAGGCAAGGCAUGCACCGACCCAAAGCAGCACAGCCGCAGCAAUGAGCAGAAGACUUCACGCCACACCGACCUGACCUGGCCGCCUUUCAAACGCCCGCGGUUCGGUUCGGUUCUCACGGUGCCGACGCUUCUGUCCCCGGGGGAAAGACGAGUGAAACACCCGAAAGAGCGAGCAGCGGGCUCCGAGCGUCUCCUCUGCGGUUCAACACACCGACCAGACAUGGUGGACACUCAGCAGCUCCUGGCUUGGCCUGUUGGUUUCAGCCUGAACACGGUGGACCUGCCAGAGCUGGACGACAGCUCCCACUGCCUUGACAUGAAACAUUUGUCAACAUCAGACUACGCCUCCAUUUCCUCCUCCUCCAUCCCUUCUUCCUUGUCCCCCCCACUCGUGUCCUCCAUCUCAUCCGCUGGUGUGGCCUAUGACAUCAGCCCAUCGCUGAGUGAGGAACACCUGACCAACAUGGACUACACAAACAUGCACAGCUACAGGACAGAACUGGACACACACAAUUCAAUCAAGUUGGAACCAGAGUCGCCUCCGCAGUACGCUGACAGUCCCGUCUUCUCCAAGUUUCCAGACGAUACGUCAGCAACCCCGUUAAACAUCGAGUGUCGAGUGUGUGGGGACAAAGCCUCAGGGUUUCAUUAUGGCGUCCACGCCUGUGAGGGCUGUAAGGGUUUCUUCAGACGGACCAUCAGGCUAAAGUUGGUGUACGAUCACUGUGAUCUUCACUGUCGCAUUCACAAAAAGUCCCGUAACAAAUGCCAAUACUGUCGUUUUCAGAAGUGCCUUAAUGUUGGCAUGUCACACAACGCCAUUCGUUUUGGCCGGAUGCCCCAGGCGGAGAAGGAGAAACUACUGGCCGAAUUCUCGUCUGACAUGGAGCAUUUGCACCCGGAGGCAGCAGAUCUGAGGGCUCUGGCCCGGCAUCUGUACGAAGCCUAUCUAAAAUAUUUCCCCCUUACCAAGGCCAAGGCCAGGGCCAUCCUCUCUGGGAAGACAGGAGAAAAAGUGCCUUUUGUCAUUCAUGACAUGAAGUCUUUAAUGGAAGGAGAACAGUUUAUUAACUGUAGGCAGAUACCCACCACAGACCACCAGCAGCAGCAGCAGCAGAUCUCCACAGUUACAUCCGGGCACGGACUUUCAGGAAUCCCAGGAGCUCACUCAGGGUCAGACUGCGGCGCUUUGGGAACAAACUUCAUUGGACAAACACCCGACAUGGUCGAGCUGCGGUUCUUCCACAGCUGUCAGUCACGCUCUGCAGAAGCAGUGAGAGAAGUGACAGAGUUUGCAAAGAGUAUCCCGGGUUUCAUCGAUCUGGACCUCAACGAUCAAGUAACAUUGCUGAAGUACGGUGUGAUCGAAGUCUUAAUCAUUAUGAUGUCGCCUCUGAUGAACAAAGACGGCACCCUGAUCUCUUACGGACAGAUUUUUAUGACGCGGGAGUUCCUCAAGAGUCUCCGAAAGCCUUUUUGUCAAAUGAUGGAACCAAAGUUUGAGUUYUCUGUCAAGUUUAACCUGCUGGAGCUGGACGACAGCGACAUGGCGCUCUUCCUGGCUGUUAUUAUUCUCAGCGGGGACCGACCCGGCCUGCUGAACGUGAAGCCCAUCGAGCAGCUCCAGGAGACCGUGCUUCAUUCGCUGGAGCUGCAGCUGAAGCUGAGCCACCCGGACUCCCUGCAGCUGUUCGCCAAGCUGCUCCAGAAGAUGACGGACCUGCGUCAGAUCGUCACCGACCACGUCCACCUCAUCGAGCUGCUGAAGAAGACCGAGKUGGACAUGUUCUUGCACCCCCUGCUGCAGGAGAUCAUGAAGGACUUGUAUUAGAACUGAAAAGAGGACAAGUGCAGAAACGUGAAGAAACAAAAAAAAAAGAAGAAGAAGAAGAAGAAGAGAAAAGUUCAAAGACGUGAAUUGAGGGGAAUUGAUUAAAUGAGCACUGGUUGUCUGUGUAAAGAGAAAUUCAUCCAGAAAGUCUGAGUGAGUGAAACUGAGAAUAAGAUGAGGGAAGAACCAAGAGAAAAAUCAAGAAAAGAAAUACAGAACUGGUUUUCUAGACAGUCUGCAUGUUUAUGAGUUGUGAUGCACAGUCAGCUGGACUAUACGUUAUGAGUUGUCAACUUAAAUGUGAAAUUAGCUCCAACAAUAAGGAAGACUGAUGACUAGAUGAAAAAGAGGRARCUAUCCAAUGUAAAAUGACAGAUGCUUCAACACAGGCAGCUUUACGUGCCUUAGAAAUWUAUUUCACACCAUGUCCUAUGCAGUCUUGUUUUUUGUUCUUUUCUUGWGCAGCUUAUCAAAACAUUUCAUUACAGGCAGCAGCAGUGUGUACGUGCAUCAGUACCGCCGUAAACACGCACAAAACUAUGCACACUCGUUUUUACUGUUUCAGGAUCAAGGUGACGGUGUUAUCUCGUUUUAAUCAGCUUAACUUCCAAAACAGAAAUCAGAUUAGUGCCUCGUAACUUAUUCUAGUCUCACACACUUGUGAGAAAACUGUGAGAAAGUGUGGAGCCAAAAAAAAAAGCACAAAUGUCCGAGUUAUCUCGUCAAUGACAAUCAAAGCUGCAUUUGUCGUACUUUUCCUGUAUGAUCUGAUGUUUAGCUCUUUUGAACUGAUUGUUUUUUUUAAUAUACAGUAUAUAUUAUACAUAUAAAUGUAUGAUAUGUAAUCAACUCUUUUGUUUCUGUUUGUAUAAAAUUGUUCAGCUGAACUCGCCUUUGAGCCUUAGUUUUAUUCCAGAUUCAGCAAAAUUGGUUGAGUUCUAAUUUGUACUGUGAAAGUGUUUGUGUCUGCGGAGGGCCGAGCAGACAAACAGGCUGGAUUGAGACCAAUGAGGGAUAAAGAAGAAGAAAUUCAUUGUAAAUAAAUUGUUUUGUAACUUU